AUGAAUCCACAGAUAGAGGAGGGGUCGAGUGUGGCAGACUGGCCGAGGACCGUCUUCUGCGUUGCCGCUGACCGACGACCAGCAGCUCUCGGCGCGACCGACGGCGGUGUUCAACUGCGGCUAGGCCAGAGCUGGUACGACGCGGCUGGUGAUACUGGGCGAAAGGUGUCGUGUGUGGCGUGGGCAGCGACGAACGACUGGGUUGUCGUCGACGAGGUCGCCCUCGCCAGAACCGGAUUCUGUCACCCUCGCGUCGCCGGCAGCUUUUCACGUGGCGAGGGCACUUUUUCGGUUCGCAGCCGUCAGUUUUAA